AUGUUCCUGGCUAACCACCUUCAAUACUUGGAAGGGGAAAAGUUAAAACUGCGGGCCCAAGUUUCAUUACUCAAAGAGGAAAACGACUGGUUGCGUAAGGAGCUGCUUGAGACGCAGGGUGACCUGAUGAAGUGCCAACAGAAGCUGGUGGUCGUUGAAGAGAAGAACAAGCAUUUUGAAUUUAUGAAGGAACUGAAGAUGGACGAUUCCCGCGAGGGAAGCGAGGAAGGAAGCGAGGGAAGUGGGCGACCAUUUUCUUUCGAUAUGAGCUUCUUAGACGACCUCCCCAGCGAUACCGGAAGCCCCGGUUAUGAAAUUCCAGCGCGCUUUAGAUCGCUCUACGACUUGGUUACGCAAUACGUAGCACAGGGUCGCCACCAGGUGGCUCUGACUUUAUGCAAGCAGAGCAUUCAAAAUCUGGAAAAGACGUGUCAGUAUAACCCGGAUGAAGCCAUUGUGCUGCACAUGCAGGCUCGCAUUUACAAGGACAUGGGCAACACGCGAGAGGCAAUCAAGUCUCUGCAAUCGGCUUUGCAUAUUCGCGAGAACACACUCGGCCACGACCACUCGUCAGUGGCUGCACUCUUGAACAAUUUGGCUGUAAUGUACGGUCGGAAUGGCAACUAUAAGGAUGCUGAGAAUAUGUGCAAAAGGGCUCUAGAGAUUAAGGAGAAGCUCUUCGGCACUUACCACACAGCAGUAGCAAAAUUGUUCAAUAACCUUGCAUUGUUAUGCCAAAACCAGAAUAAAUAUGACCAAGCAGAAUAUUACUAUCACCGCGCCCUUGAGAUCUAUCACACAAUUCUGGGACCAGAUCACGUGACCGUAAUGAAGACUAAAAACAAUCGAGCGUCUGCUUUUCUUCGACAAGGCAAAUACCGACAAGCUGAAGAAAUCUACAAAGACAUUCUGAUUCAGUUUUGCGAGAAAGAGUACGGACAUUUUGAGGACGACAACAACCGACCUCAGUUGACACCUGCUGAACAAGAAAAUGGCGGUAUACUACUGUAUUAUAUUAAAAGGCUUUGCGACCGUUGUAAAAUGGGACUUGACGUAUUCAAGAAUCCAGCCUUGAUCACAGCUCUUGUCAAUAUGGGUAUUUUGAACCGGAUCAUCGGUAAGUCCGAUGAGGCAGCUCUAUUUGAAGAAAGUGUGGUCAGGUUAAAGAAAAAGAACAGUCAUUAUAAAUUGAUGACUGUUUCAACUGAAAGUUGA